AUGUCUGGUCCAACUGAUGAGACUGCAGGAGACCUGCCUGUGAAAGAUAUAGGUCUAAAUCUCUUUGGCAUGGAAGGGUUGCAAGAAACUUCAACGACACGGACAAUGAAGUCUCGCCAAGCAGUGUCACGUAUCAGUCGUGAGGAACUGGAAGACAGAUUCUUGCGUUUGCAUGAUGAGAACAUUUUACUUAAACAGCAUGCCCGCAAGCAAGAGGAUAAAAUUAAAAGAAUGGCCACCAAGUUAAUACGGCUAGUUAAUGACAAGAAAAGAUAUGAACAGGUUGGUGGCGGCCCCAAGCGGUUGGGAAGAGAUGUGGAAAUGGAAGAAAUGAUUGAGCAGCUGCAAGAGAAAGUUCAUGAGCUUGAAAGACAAAAUGAAGUCCUCAAAAGCAGACUAAUUUCAACCAAGCAGCAACUUCAGAUCCAGGGUCACAGGCACACUCCAUACAGUUAUGUGCAGUCUCGUGUUAACACCGGGCGUAGAAGAAUGAAUGAAAAUUCAGGCUUACAGGAAUGCCCCAGGAAAGGUAUUAAAUUCCAAGAUACAGAUGUAGCAGAAACUGUGCAACCCAUGCCUACAAAAUAUGGCAACAGUUUACUCAAAGAAGCCAGAGGAGAAAUAAGAAAUUUAGAAAAUGUUAUUGAGUCACAGAGAGGCCAGAUAGAAGAGUUAGAGCACUUGGCGGAGAUCCUGAAAACUCAGUUGAGGAGAAAAGAAAAUGAAAUUGAGUUAUCUCUUCUUCAGCUUCGAGAACAGCAGGCUACAGAUCAAAGGUCAAACAUUCGAGACAACGUAGAAAUGAUUAAGCUUCAUAAGCAACUAGUGGAGAAAAGCAAUGCCCUUUCAGUAAUGGAAGGAAAAUUUAUUCAGCUUCAAGAGAAGCAAAAAACUCUCCGGAUCAGCCAUGAUGCCUUAAUGGCGAAUGGAGACGAGCUAAAUCUGCAACUUAAAGAACAACGUUUAAAAUGCUGCAGUCUUGAGAAACAGUUACGUUCCAUGACAUUUUCUGAAAGAAGAAUAGAAGAGUUGCAGGAUAGAAUUAGUGAUUUAGAAAAGGAACGGGAACUUUUAAAGGAAAACUAUGAUAAACUUUAUAACAGUGCCUUCAGUGCUGCCCACGAAGAGCAAUGGAAGUUAAAGGAACAGCAGCUGAAAGUACAGAUUGCUCAACUCGAGACAGCCUUAAAAUCCGAUUUAGCAGACAAAACUGAAAUCCUUGACAGAUUAAAAACUGAAAGAGGCCAAAAUGAGAAAAUCAGUCAAGAAAAUAGACAACUCCAGUUACAGUACCUGGAACAAAAGCAACAACUUGAUGAACUUAAAAACCGCAUGAAGUUUUACAACCAGGAGAGUGAUAUUAAUGCUGAUGAAUUGAGUGAAGCUCUCCUGCUUAUAAAGGCUCAAAAAUCACAAAAAAAUGGAGACCUUUCAUUUUUAGAAAAAGUAGACAGUAAAAUUAAUAAAGAUCUAGAACGGUCCAUGAAAGAGCUGCAAGCAACUCAUGCAGAAACAGUGCAAGAACUUGAAAAGACAAGAAACAUGUUAAUUAUGCAACAUAAAAUUAAUAAAGAUUAUCAGAUGGAAGUUGAGGCAGUGACCCAGAAGAUGGAAAAUCUGCAGCAAGAUUAUGAACUUAAAGUGGAACAGUAUGUUCAUCUUCUUGAUAUCAGGGCUGCACGCAUCCAGAAACUAGAAGCCCAAUUAAAGGAUAUUGCCUACGGCACCAAGCAGUACAAAUUUAAGCCGGAAAUCAUGCCAGAUGACUCAGUUGAUGAAUUUGAUGAAACCAUUCACUUAGAACGAGGCGAAAACCUAUUUGAAAUCCAUAUCAACAAAGUAACCUUUUCUUCCGAAGUUUUACAGGCAUCUGGGGAUAAAGAGCCUGUCACCUUCUGUACCUACGCUUUCUAUGAUUUUGAACUACAGACAACUCCCAUAGUACGGGGCCUUCACCCAGAAUAUAACUUUACUUCUCAAUACCUCGUUCAUGUUAAUGACUUAUUCUUACAAUACAUUCAGAAAAACACUGUCACUCUUGAGGUCCACCAGGCUUACAGCACAGAUUAUGAAACAAUCGCAGCUUGUCAGUUGAGAUUCCAUGAAAUUCUAGAAAAAAGCGGUCGAAUAUUUUGCACAGCAAGUUUGGUUGGAACUAAAGGAGACAUCUCCAAUUUUGGCACAGUGGAAUACUGGUUCCGAUUAAGGGUUCCCAUGGAUCAAGCGAUUCGGCUUUAUCGAGAACGGGCAAAGGCUUUGGGAUACAUAACAUCAAAUUUUAAGGGGCCAGAGCAAAUGCAAUGGUUAAGUCAUCAAGCACCCAAAACUGCUCAGCUCAGUUCUACUGAUUCCACAGAUGGCAACUUAAAUGAACUUCAUAUUACAAUAAGAUGUUGCAACCACCUGCAGUCCCGAGCAAGCCACCUGCAGCCACACCCAUAUGUUGUGUACAAGUUUUUUGAUUUUGCAGACCAUGACACAGCCAUCAUUCCCAGUAGCAAUGAUCCACAAUUUGAUGAUCAUAUGUGUUUCCCAGUGCCAAUGAAUAUGGAUUUGGAUCGAUACCUUAAGUCAGAGUCUCUGAGUUUUUAUGUAUUUGAUGAUAGUGAUACCCAGGAGAAUAUUUACAUAGGAAAAGUCAAUGUGCCUCUGAUUUCAUUGGCACAUGACAGAUGUAUUUCAGGAAUAUUUGAGUUAACAGAUGAUAAAAAGCAUCCUGCCGGAACCAUUCAUGUUAUAUUGAAAUGGAAAUUUGCUUACCUUCCACCUAGUGGUUCCAUAACUACUGAAGACUUAGGAAAUUUCAUACACAAAGAAGAGCCAGAGGUUGUUCAAAGACUACCUCCAUCCUCUGUUAGUGCACGAAUUGUAGCACCAACACCUAAACCAAGACGUUUAACACCUAAAGAUAAGAAGGUAUCUUUUAUGGAUAUCACACCACAUCAGCAUUAUGAGACCUCUACUCUUCCUGAAGAUAGGAAAGAAAUUUCACCAGAUGUGGAACUUAUACCAGAAAGAGAAAUUGAUAUGCCAACUGUUUCACAUAUUCCCGAGGUUCCUCAGGAAAGCAGUGUAGAUAAGGUAAAAGAGAAUACUGAGAAAAUGCAGCAAGGAAAAGAUGACGAUGUGUCUUUACUGUCUGAGGGUCAACUUGCAGAACGAAGUUUGACUUCUUCUGAAGAUGAAACAGAAAUAACUGAAGAACUGGAACCAGAAGAUGAAGAAGACAGAUCAGCUUCUGAUAGUGAUGAGUGCAUUAUUCCAGGUCCUAUCUCCAAGAAUAUCAAACAGCCACCAGAAAAAAUCCGGAUUGAGAUCAUAGCCCUAAGCCUCAAUGACUCCCGAGUGACUGCAGAUGACACUAUCCAGCGGCUCUUUGUGGAAUGCCGACUCCACAGCCUCCCCGCUGAAGAGACGCCCGUGUCACUUCCAAAACCUAAGAGCGGCCAGUGGGUCUACUAUAAUUAUAGCAGUGUGAUCUACGUGGAUAAAGAAAACAACCAGGCCAAGAGAGACAUCUUGAAAGCUAUACUACUGAAACAAGAGAUGCCUAAUAGAAGUGUUCGCUUCACUGUAGUCAGCGACCCUCCUGAGGAUGAGCAGGACCUGGAGUGUGAGGACAUUGGCAUCGCUACCGUUGACCUCGCUGACGUGUUUCGGGAAGGAAGAGACAUCAUCGAGCAAAACAUCGAUGUUUUGGAUGCCAGAGCAGGUGGUGGAGGUAUUGGCAAGCUCAGGGUAACAGUCGAAGCACUCCAUGCCCUACGGUCUGUCUACGAGCAAUUCAGAGAUGACUUGGAGGCUUGA